AUGGAAUUUACACAAGAACAAAUUAAUUCUUUAGAACAAGGUAUUUUAUUUUAUUUAUUUAUUUUUUAUACAUUAAAUAAAACAUCUUAUUUAGCUUUUAAUUGUACACAUUAUCCAGAUAUAAAUAUGCGUGAAAAACUUGCACAAAAAAUACAUUUAUCUGAAGCACGAAUUCAAAUAUGGUUUUCUAAUCGUAGAGCAAAAUAUCGUCGAGAUAAUAAAGCAAGAGGCGGUCAACCACAUCGAUCAAAGCUGUGA